UCAAGUGUCAACGUCAACGUCAAGUUCAGUUCAAGAAAAAAAGAGGCGCUUUUAUUUUGUUGAACUUGAAAGGGAAAAAAUAUUUAUUGUUGUAUUGUAAUUAAUUGCAAUAAUAUUAAUGCUACAGAAUAAUACUGAUGAAUGAAUUAUAAACAUAUUAAUUACAGUCAUGGAAGAAGAGAAACUUAUUCGUAAAAAGAAAAAGGCACUAAACGGUAGUAACAGACGUGCGUACGCGGAGGCUUGUAAUGAUUUGGCGACGUUUUAUUACAAGCAAACUAGGUACAGCGACGCAUUAGAUGAGUACCGAAAUGAGGCUUCAAUUUGUAAGGAACUUGGUCUUCGUAUGGAGUGGGGAACUUGUAACAGGAUGAUGGGUGAAAUGUACAUGCUCAUGGCGGAGUUUGACAAAGCUCUCAAAUAUGAAGAGCGGCAUUUAUCUGUAGCCAAGGAACUUAACAAUUUAGUGGAGGAACAAAGAGCAAUGGCAACCUUGGGAAGAAUAUAUCUACUUCAAGGUCAAAGUACAACAAAUGAGACAGAAUCAAAACAAUCAUUGACUGCUGCUGAGAAGGCUUUCAUGAAAAGCCUUGUGCUUUGUGAGAAGUUAAAUGGCAAAGUUACAAAAACUGAACUGAUGGACAUGAGAGCCCGAUUACUACUAAAUAUUGGUGUGGUGCAAGAACAUUUAGGGCAUCUAGAAAAAGCCAUAGACUGUAUACACAAAGCUAUCACAAUAUGUACUAACCAAGAUUUGUAUGAGAUCCUACAUAACUGCUAUGUAACUGAGGCUUUAUUACAUAAUAAUAAGAAAAAAGACUAUGCCAAAGCGCUGGGCUGUUUGAAUAAAGCAUUGGAAGUUGCUAGCAGGCUUGAAGAUAAGGUAUUGAAAACUUGUGAGACAUUAUCAACAAAGGCAGAGAUUUUGUGCAAGAUGUCAGAUUACCAAAGUGCUAAACAGGUUCUACUCAAGGCAUGGAAACUCAAAACACCUGAUGAAGAGGAAAGGGAGAACAUUGAAUCAAACCUUAAAGUUGUUGCAGCUAUGUGCUACACAGAAGAUUUGCUCGUGUCAACUGAUCCGUCAGACCAUAUCACAUUUAAGAAGCUGUAUGAAAAGUUAGGAGAUGGUGCGUGCCAUUUGCGGAACUACGCAGGUGCUGUGGAAUAUUACCUCAAGAUGCUCGACCACGCUGAAUUGGCAGGGGACUGUGGGAAAACAUUGAUUCCUAUUUAUGUUAGUUUAUAUCAAACAUACAAAGACAUAGGCGACUACUACAACGCGUUACGAUACUACUACAAGGAGUAUGAACUCAUAAAGGAUGUGCCCAAAGAAGCCUAUACUACUCUGUAUAAUAUUGCUGAUGUGUCGUUCCUCGCUAAGAAGCCAUAUGACCAGAUUGAGAAGGCCUGCUUGAAUGCUAGGAAUGCAGCGAGAAAUUGGAAUAAAAAGAAAUACGAAGUAAGAAUACUUAAGAAUCUAUUAAAAUAUCAAGAUGAAUAUGGUGAGAUAGACAAAAUGGAAGAUACAAAAUCUGAGCUCCAAGCUCUGGGGUAUGAAGAUGUUGAAAAUGUGGAACAUUCUGAAGAUGAUCAAAGUUCUGCUGGAGGGUGUGAUGAAGACACUACGCAUAUUGGUGAUGACAUAUGUCUUGAUGAUUUAACAGAUCUUUCUGAUACAAACGAAGAAGAUGUAAGUGAAGCAAAGCGUGAAACAAGAAGACGAGGCAAAGGGUUCGCAAUAAAGAAGAAUAUGAAAGGAGAAACCCAGUUACAUGUUGCAUGUAUCUCCGGUAACAAACUACUAGUAGAACGUCUAAUAGCUAAAGGGCAUCCGGUCAACAUCAGAGACAACGCUGGGUGGUUGCCUCUACACGAAGCCUGUAUACACGGCCAUAUUGAAAUUGUCAACUUGUUGAUUGAUCAUGGAGCCAACAUCAACGACCGUGGUGGGGUCAAUUGUGAUGGUAUUACACCUUUGUACGACGCAGCUAGCAACGGCCACUUAGAUGUAGUACAGUUAUUGCUUGAAAGAGGUGCUGUACCCACAUUAAAAACAGACUUCGGUGAAACACCCUUACAAGUACUACAAAAAUGGCGUACAAGCACCAUACUCACUAGAGAUGAAGAGAUACUGUACAAUAAUAUAUCCAAUAAAAUAAACAAUCUAAUCGACAAAAAUAACCCUAUUGAGGCUAUUUUGAAUAGAUCAAAAUCAAAAACUCCUGUGAAACAAAAUGUUAGAGGUGGAACACCUCCUAGUUCAUCGAAAAUGAAUAGCAGUGUCAAAGAAUUAUAUUCACCGGCGUUUAAAAGACGUAACAUCAUUGACGAUGAAAGCGAUGAUGAAAUAAACGCUUCACAAAAUGUAAGAAACCAAAUUGCCUUUCCCUCUGAUGAUUCAAAUUCCUCUGAUGACGGUAACACUGCAAAAAAAGAUAAAGAUAAAAUAUCAAGUGUCAAAGAAUAUAGAAACGCCAUUUCUGCUUUGAGAAACCGUAACAUUGAAUUACCUGAAGAGGAUGUAAAGAAAUCAAAAGCCAAACCAGCGUUAUUGGCCCCUGACGAAGUAGACGACGAUUGGUUGGACGAUGACAUGGGUUUUAUGAAUAAAGCGAAAAAGCGAAAACUAAGCGAUCCAUUAACAAUAGUUGCGAAAAAAACAUCAAUAGACAGUUUGAAAGACAGUAUAGAAAGUUUAAAUAAAAUCAGUCCAUUGACUGACAACAACGGAAACUCGAAAAAGAAAUCUCGUUUCAACGAAGUUGUUGAUGUGAGCGAAAAUAGUUCAGAUUCUGAUCAUUUUCAGAAAAACGAAAAUGUUUGCCCCAAGAAAACAGCUGAAUCAUUUAGAAAUAUACAUAAAGAAUUGAAUAAUACCAAACUGAAUGACACAAGAGAUAAUAUGAAAAGACGUUGGAAACGACAAAGCACGUUACUGAGAGCUGGUUUUCAACGACGUACAUCUGAAGUUGAAUCGAGUAAUAGUGGUAGCGAUGGUGAAGUUAGAGAAACUAAUGUAAGAACUAAGACAUUUUCGAGACAUUCUUCAGGGGAGAAUUUCGGUUUCAACUCCAAUAUAAUGCAAAAUGUAAAUCCCAAUAUAGUGCAGCCAUUAAAUUUAAUACAACCUAUAAAUAUAGUGCAGUCAAAGAAUGGAAGAGCGAUGCAAACGCAAAUAUUACCUCCCGCAGCUGUUAAGGUGAAGAUAGAAGAUAAAAUAUUGUUGAUAUCUCUAAAAUUGGAUAUGAUAAACAAACUGACAAUUAGUUGGCUGGUCGAAGAAGUAAAGUCGAGAUAUUACAAAUUAACAGGCGUGCGUCCGGUAUUCAGUUUGAUGACGUCAGACGGCGCCAUAUUGUCUGAAGAGGAUCCUCUCAGCCUCGUCCUCUCUUCCCCCGAACUGCAGACGUGUAUAAGCACAUUCAAGGCAUCGCCCGCCGAAGAAAGAUAUCUCGAGUGUUGUGAUGCGUUGGAGAUUUCACCAUCGGAGGAAAUCCAGCAAGCUGUAGGAAGAAGUCAUACAACAAAACGCCUAGCCCUCGGCGCACAAACACUAACCGCACUACAAGUGCGUCCACUGUUUCGUGCGUUGACGCACCAAACGCACAUAACAGCACUAAUGCUACCCAACAACAACAUAGGAGACGACGCCAUGAAAUACUUAACCGAAUGCAUAUGCACCAUGAAACACCUCACCAUAUUAGAUUUAAAUAAAAACAAUAUAACCGGAGAAGGAAUCAAAAUAUUGCUAAACGCUUUCGAAAAAGCAACAAGACUAGUGUGUCAAAGUUUAGAAGAUAUCGAUAUAAGUAACAACCCUAUUAGUGAUGAUGGAUUUAAAUCGAUAACAAAAUUGACACAACACUUAAAACUAAAAGUGUUAAAGUUAAAUAAUUGUAAAAUAACAGAUAAAGCGUAUGAUGGAAGUUUGAAGUUUAAUUUGGAUGCGUUAGAGACGAUUGAUGUUGGUAAUAAUUUAAUCAGACAGACAACAGUCGCGUCGUUGAUGGCCGCCUUAAAUCCGAAUACGUUGGUUGAUUUGGAAUUGGAUGAUGUUGGUGUGGAAGGAAGUGUCGUGGCGUGUGUAGCGGGCUUUAUGGACAAGGCGAAAGACUUGAAAAUAAGAAGAUUCAGUUUGUCCAAUUGUAAAUUGGUGGAUGGACAGUUUAUGAGGAUAUUUAGGUGUCUCGGCAGAGCUAAGCAUUUACAAUCAAUAACAUUAAAAGAAAACCAAUUAACAUUCAUCACGUUAAAGAAACUGUUGCAACGUCAACCACCGGUGCCGCAGAUAAACCUGGAGGGUUGCCAGGAUAUAUUCAAAUAUUCCCCAGAUUCAGAUUUCCAAGUGUGGCUCCCCGCUAUAGACUUUGGGAGGUGUACUCCAGAAAUAAAUGUAACCCCUGUAUCAAAAACGGACGAAGAAAAGGAAAGUUUGAAACUAUUUUCGAAAACUUGGUUGUCUUGUUUUAAAGGCAGAGGGAUGAUUGAACAUUGUGAAGGUGGUGUCACUAAGUUUACUGCGAGAUAAUUUAUAAUGAACAGAAACCUAAAUCCCUAAGUACAAGUUUUUUAGUUUUAUAUACCGAGAAUGUAAUAAGUAUAAUAAUAGAAAGUUUUCAGCCCAUUUCCCUAUCACAGGUAGCCAAAUAUGGAAUUUGGACUGUUGCGCUGGGAAGGUUUUAAGGGUUCUGAUCCUCUAAGUAUAAAAUGUAUUUUUUAGUUAUUUUAUAUGACUUAAUGGCAAAUCGUCGCUACAGACCCUUAUAGUUAUCUUUAACUACUCAUUAUAAAACCUCAAACGAUAUUCACACACACAUUAAUUAUUAUAAAUUAUAAAUUCAAUAUUCCACAGAGGUAAUUUAUUUAUUUAUUUAUUUGGUCCACCAGUGACUGUCGCAGCAUUUACACAAAUACAAUCUAAAAAAACAAACACAAGGCUCUGCACAAUCAAAUGAAGGUAGACACGGCAUGCACAUUUCCGUAAUAUUAAAAUAAGUUGACGAUUACAUUAAAUAAGUUUACAUAAGAAAAAAAUACAUUUUACAGUAACAAGAAAAGGAAACAUUUUACAACUACUAUUUGAAUAUACUAUAUAAUACAAAAAAUAAAAUGGAAUUGGUAAAAACAAACGAAAAAAUAGUUUAGCAAAUCUAGCAAAACUAACUUGCGAUAUGUCCUUGGUGAGUCUUUAUGGAUAUCUAUAGACCGACUAAGUGCGUUUUAUAAUUUACAUAGCCUGGGCAUAGUAGAAUAGGCGCCAAAAACACUAAACCGUGCUACAAUGAUUUUUUUAAAUUUAUAAAUAGUCCCAUGUCAUUGGCUACAAAAAAUCAGGCUUUUUAGAGACAAAUUUAGGCCACGCCGAUGCAAAAGUCGAGGAGGCCAUGCCCAACAACAAUUUUAUAUUAUUUACUAAGUUUUGUUAAUUAUUUUAUCAUGGUCAUAGAAAAAGUACUGUAUGCCACUGCACGUAAUUAGCGAUUGUGGCACUCGUGCUACAAUAACAGUGGCAUAUAAUAUAACUAUUUACUUUUGUUUCCCGAAGGUUUAUCGAGAAGCUAAGUGACUACUGAGUGGGGAUUUAAUUUUCUGUAUUAUACCGACAAAAAUAUUAAAAAAAUAAGUUUUAUAUUUAGACGCUUGAAUGACCCUUGGAACUUGCUAACUUCCAAAGCCUCUAAGUGCAAACACCAUAAUUGGCUAUCAUUCUCACCUAUGUUACUCAUAGGAGCUUAGACUGAAAAAAACUGGGAAAAGUCAAUGAAAUGAAGUAAGUCUAGCUCUUGCAGUCUCUCAGUCCAACAGUAUUAGCGGAUAUUAUGGAAUUUUGUUGUGUUAUGAUCAAGUUUUCGAGAUGUGUGACUUACCAUUAAUGUAAAAACUAUUAAUAAGUGAAUUCCUAGUUAUAUUAUGGCCCGCUUUAUAGUUGCAACACGCUGAGCUGAGCAGGUGUAUUGGCAAAUUCGUUCGUAACACUUCCGUUAAUCCGCGCGGGCCGGGAGGGGAGUAGCGAGUCCUCCCCUCUGCCCUGCGCGCCCGACUUCACACCUGCGCAGGCCUUUCCCCCCGUCGUCCGCAUAUCAUGGGAGUGUCAUCAACCCUUCUAUUCAGCGGACUAGAAGUUUGGCGAGAUCUAAUCUAUACUUGAUACUAUAGUCCACCUGUUUUAAGACUUACUGGUUUAGGUCUAAGAAAAGUAUAAUAGUCAGGGAUCGCUAGAACAUUUUGUACACCUGAUUACUAACAAGCUAAUUUUUCGUGAGUAGUUAGUAGUCGUUUUCAUCUCGAUGAGGCGAUCAACUUUUUUAUUUACGAAACUUCUUUAUUCUGUUAGCUAACUGAGUUACCAGGAAAUGAAAUUUUCAGAGCGUCAAAACGAGAUAAUGUACUCAGAUAGUGUAAUCAGAUGUACAAUUGUUCUAGGGAUCCCUGAUUAUAAGUUUUACUGGUCAUAAUGCCAUUUUAUGUGUGGAUCAAACUAAUUCAAAUACAACCAAUGUAAAUUAUUAUUUAACUAAACUGAAAAUGUCGUUUUUUCUGCUUAUACAUAUUAGAAUAUUUAAAAAUGUAGCUAUUUUUCAGGAAACAUUUUGCUUUCUCAUAGUAUUUUAUUUUUGUCAUAAAUGAAUAUGUCAUGAUAAUUUACUUAAUGUCGUUACUCAAUGUUAUUCGUAACUGAAAACUGUGCCUAUAAAAAGUUUUAUAUAAAAAUUUACAAAGAUUUAUGAUAUUAUGUAGUAGAUACAAAAAUGUAAUCGUAAAUUAUUUAGUUAGGUACAUUGUUGUAAAUAAAUAAUAAAUAAUAAGAGACUUGAAUAAAGAUAAUUAUUUCUA